CAGGUUCUACAUCUGCCGACAAAACAAAUAUGGCGCUGUAAUAAAUCUAGAAACUAAUUUGUUUAUAAGGAAACUUAAUUUUCCCCCUAAAUUGCUAACGUCUCGUUGGCCACUAGAUGGCGACCGCCUGUUAUUUGUUUACGAUGCAUGCCGUACAAUGUUUACUGUAUCCUAGCAACCCAAUAGCCUAUUGACUCCUAUUGAAAAUGGAGCCCGUUUCUUAUUCUAUUUCCGUGGAAACAACUCUAGCUCUCAUUAAACCAGAUGCAGUCCAUAAAAGUGAAGAGAUUGAGGACAUUAUUCAAAGGAAUGGCUUUAAUAUCUUGGAGAGGCGGACGCUACUGCUGACUCCAGAACAGUGCAGUGACUUCUAUGCUUUACAUUAUGGAAAAUUAAUAUUUCCCGGAUUGACUGCUUAUAUGAGUUCUGGUCCCAUUAUUGCAUUGCGUCUAGCCCGGGACAAUGCAAUUGCUCACUGGAAGUCCAUCAUUGGACCCGCUAAGGCUACAGAAAGUCAUCCAGAAUGCCUUCGAGCAAAAUAUGGCACUUCAGAGCUGCAGAAUGCCCUCCAUGGCAGCGGAUCCCUGCUAGCUGCCGAGAGAGAACUCAGAUUCAUGUUCCCAUACACCGUCAUCGAGCGCGUUCACACGAGAGAAUUCACUAUCGAAUACCUGAGUCGACACGUGAACCAAACGUUGAUGCAAGGACUCGUUGAGCUCUGCAAACACAAGCCACUCAACCCAUGUGUUUGGCUUGCUGACUGGCUCAUCAAACACAAUCCAAACAAACCUCAAAUAUCUUAUGGGGUUUGAAUUUGGGGAAUAAAUCACUGAGGAAGACCAUCCAUCCAUCAAUCCAUCAAUCCAUCAAUCCAUCCAUCCAUCCAUCCAUCCAUCCAAAAUGAAUGGUAGAAAAUUAAUGAAAGAAUGAAUUAGUUCUCCUCCUAUUUUGUGUGGAAGUGGUAACUUUUCGUCUUUUUAUUUUGUCUUUCCCCACCCUCGGCCAUCUCUGUGUGGAGUUUGCAUGUUCUCCCCGUGCAUGCGUGGGUUUUCUCCGGGUACUCCGGUUUCCUCCCAUAUUCUAAAAACAUGCUAGGUUAAUUAGGAACUCCAAAUUGUCCAUAGGUAUGAAUGUGAAUGGUUGUUUGUCUAUAUGUGCCCUGUGAUUGGCUGGCCACCAGUCCAGGGUGUACCCCGCCUCUCGUCCGAAGACAGCUGGGAUAGGCUCCAGCACCCCCUGCGACCCUUGUGAGGAUAAGGGGUAGAAAAUGAAUGAAAGAAUGAAUUAGUUCUCCUCCUAUUUUGUGUGGAAGUGGUAACUUUCCGUCUUCUUAUUUUGUCUUUCCCCAACCUCGGCCGUCUCUGUGUGGAGUUUGCAUGUUCUCCCCGUGCAUGCGUGGGUUUUAUCCGGGUACUCCGGUUUCCUCCCACAUUCCAAAAACAUGCUAGGUUAAUUAGCGACUCCAAAUUGUCCAUAGGUAUGAAUGUGAGUGUGAAUGGUUGUUUGUCUAUAUGUGCCCUGUGAUUGGCUGGCCACCAGUCCAGGGUGUACGCCGCCUCUCGCCCGAAGACAGCUGGGAUAGGCUCCAGCACCCCCUGCGACCCUUGUGAGGAUAAGCGGUAGAAAAUGAAUGAAAGAAUGAAUUAGUUCUCCUCCUAUUUUGUGUGGAAGUGGUAACUUUUCGGCUUCUUAUUUUGUCUUUCCCCACCCUCGGCCAUCUCUGUGUGGAGUUUGCAUGUUCUCCCCGUGCAUGCGUGGGUUUUCCCCGGGUUAUCCGGUUUCCUCCCACAUUCCAAAAACAUUAAGAGCAUAAAUAGUUAAUUAGCGACUCCAAAUUAAGCGACUUAAAAUCUUACAACCGGUAAACCGGUAAGCUUUGCUUCUCACCUCAGCUCCUUCUUCACCACAACGGACCGAUGCAGAGCCCGAUCUGUCCAUCCCGUAUUCCAUCCUUCUCAGUUAUUCAACUCCACCUGGGGCAGGACUUCAUCCAUCUGACCAAGGCUGUUCUCUCCCAUUUGGUUUAUGCUGUAUUCAUCAAAGAGUAUGACAAUUAUGAUGCUAAAGGUAUGUAAGCGUGUGUAAUGAUGAUGGUAACUCUGAUGACUUGUUUAAGAUGUACAUGACAUACCGAUGACAUGCUUUAUAUGAAUAUAUUCAUAUUAUAUUCUUUCAAGUAGUACAUUUUAGAGAUCCCAUUGGGAAUAUACAGGAAACAAAAAUAAAUUGGAUGUUGGAAAAUU